AUGUCUACCUCCUCUCUCGGCGACGCUUUCCGCGCUAUUGACAUCGACGGGGAUGGGAAGAUCUCGCUCGAGGAGUUCCACGCAGCCAUGCAGCGGGGCGUCGUGACGACUGACCUGAUGUAUUCGGCGCCAGUAGCGGAUCCGCAGAUGACCAUGGAGCCGAUGGGUGCGCCCCAGCAGGCCGCGGCUGAGCCCGUGCAGACGUGCGCUCCGCACGGAAUCGCCACAGUGCGGACAGUGCGCCUGCUGCGCGAGACGGAGCCCGUCGCGGCUAGGGCGCCCACGGCGGCUCUGUUCGAGCCUGUGGAGGCGGCGGUCCCGCGUAUCGUCACCACCAUGGCCCCGGUGGAGCCAGUGCACGCGGCGCCACUGCCGCUCGAGGCAGCCCAGGCGCCCGCGGAGCCCGUCGGGGCUCCGGUGGAGCCCGUGGGGGCGGCGGUCCCCCGCAUCGUCACCACCAUGGGCCCGACCACUGUGGCGCCGGCCGUGUACGUGACCCCGCGCGCCCCGCAGCCAGCGGAAGCGGUCCAGGCGCCCGUGGAGCCCGUCGGGGCCCCGGUGGAGCCAGUGCACGCGGCGCCACUGCCGCUUGAGGCAGCCCAGGCGCCCGCGGAGCCCGUCGGGGCUCCGGUGGAGCCCGUGGGGGCGGCGGUCCCCCGCAUCGUCACCACCAUGGGCCCGACCACCGUGGCGCCGCCCGUGUACGUGACCCCGCGCGCCCCGCAGCCAGCGGAAGCGGUCCAGGCGCCCGUGGAGCCCGUCGGGGCUCCCGUGGAGCCAGUUCACGCCGCGCCACUGCCGCUCGAGGCAGCCCAGGCGCCCGCGGAGCCCGUCGGGGCUCCAGUGGAGCUCGUAGAGGCGGCGGUCCCCCGCAUCGUCACCACCAUGGGCCCGACCACUGUGGCGCCGCCCGUGUACGUGACCCCGCGCGCCCCGCAGCCAGCGGAAGCGGUCCAGGCGCCCGUGGAGCCCGUCGGGGCCCCGGUGGAGCCAGUGCAUGCGGCGCCACUGCCGCUUGAGGCAGCCCAGGCGCCCGCGGAGCCCGUCGGGGCUCCGGUGGAGCCCGUGGGGGCGGUGCCCCAGGUCGAGGUGCGGGAGAUCAUCAAGGAGGUUCCAGUCGUCACGAUGCGCACCGUGGAGAGGAUCGAGGAGGUGCCCCAAAUCCAGGUCCAGGAGGUGAUACGGGAGGUGCCCACGGUGCAGGAGGUAGAGGUGAUCAAACAAGUGGUUGUCCCACACAUUCAGGAGGUCAUCAAGGUGGUCCAUGUGCCGCAUGUCCAGACCAUCGAGAAGAUUGUCGAGGUUCCGCACAUCCGGCGCACCACGCGGGAAGUGGAGGUGCCGCAGAUCGAGAUUCGCGAGGUCAUCAAGCAGGUGUUCAAAGAGGAGGUGCGCGAGGUUGUCAGGGAGGUCCCCAAGGUUGAGGUGCAGACCGUCGAGAAGAUCGUGGAGGUCCCGCAAGUCCAAUACCAAGAGAAGAUCGUCGAGGUCGUGGAGGAGCGGGUGGAGGAGGUGAUCAAGCAGGUGCCGACGACCGUCGUGCAGGAAGUCGUGCGCGAGGUGCCGCGCAUCCACGUGCAGAAGGUGGAGAAGAUCGUGCACGGCGCGCCUCAAGUGCAGACCGUGGAGCGACUCGUCGAGGUCCCUCAAGUCAGGGCCGUGGUCCUGCCGGCCUCGGGGCUGGCUUCCGAGCCUCUGUGGGCGCGCUCCGCGACGGUCGGCAUCUAG